CGGGGGCCGCGGCGGAGCCGGGCGGCCAUGAUGCAGUGAGCGCUCCCUCCCCGCGCGGCCGGGCGGGGGCCCGCGUUAGCGCCGCUCCCGCCCGCCUCCUUACAUAACCCCUCGGCGGCGGAGCGGGGCUGCGGCGGCACCACCAGCGCCAUGGCUAAUGACAGCGGCGGCGGCGCCGGCCAGGGCGGUGGCGAGAGCAGCAGCAGCGGCGGCGGUAGCGGCAGUAACGGCAGUAACAGCAGCGAGCGGGACCGGCAGUACUGCGAGCUGUGCGGGAAGAUGGAGAACCUGCUACGGUGCGGGCGCUGCCGCAGCUCUUUCUACUGCAGCAAGGAGCACCAGCGCCAGGACUGGAAGAAGCACAAGCUCAUCUGCCGCGGCGGAGGCACAGCGGCAGCCGCAGCAGGGGGCGCUGCCGAGCCCCGCGGCGGGCAUCCCCCGCCGACCCGCGCCCACAGCGCCGGGGCCACGGCGGGAGGCGGCAGCCGGGCGGGGGCCGGAGCUGCGGCGGGGAAGGGCGCAGUGUUGCCGUUGCCGGAGGCCGCCGCCGAGGCCGCCCCGCUAGCCAACAACCAUGUUGCCGCCGCCGCAGCCGCCACUGGUGAGGUGGAAGCCCCGGCCGCGGCCCAGUCCCCUUCGCCCUCCGGGGAGGCGGUGCUGCUGUACCGGGACAAGUCGAACCUGUACCCGGGCGGCGUGCAGGCAGGGCCCGGCGGGGCAGCGCUGCGCCCCAAUGGGCAGACGAAGUCGCUGGUGCCGCAGCGGCUGGCGCUGGAGUACAUCGUGCCCUGCAUGAACAAGCACGGCAUCUGCGUGGUGGACGACUUCCUCGGCAAGGAGCUGGGCGGGCUGGUGGCCGAGGAGGUGCGGGCGCUGCACCACACCGGCCGCUUCACCGACGGGCAGCUCGUCAGCCAGAAGAGCGACUCCUCCAAGGACAUCCGCGGCGACAAGAUCACCUGGGUGGAGGGCAAGGAGCCGGGCUGCCAGGCCAUCCGGCUCCUCAUGAACAGCAUGGACGAUCUCAUCCGACACUGCAACGGCAAGCUGGGCAACUACAAAAUCAACGGCAGGACGAAAGCUAUGGUGGCUUGUUAUCCAGGCAAUGGAACAGGAUACGUGCGCCAUGUUGAUAAUCCAAAUGGAGAUGGAAGAUGUGUUACAUGUAUAUAUUAUCUUAAUAAAGACUGGGAUGCCAAGGUAAGUGGAGGCAUCCUCCGGAUAUUCCCAGAAGGUAAAGCCCAAUUCGCUGAUAUUGAACCCAAAUUCGAUAGACUGCUAUUCUUCUGGUCUGAUCGCCGCAACCCUCAUGAAGUACAGCCAGCAUAUGCUACAAGGUACGCAAUAACAGUGUGGUAUUUUGAUGCAGAUGAACGAGCACGAGCUAAAGUAAAAUAUCUAACAGGUGAAAAAGGUGUGAGGGUUGAACUUAAUAAACCUUCUGACUCAGUUGGGAAAGACGUUUUAUAAGCCUUUGAUUUAGCAACUCCCCUUGCUAUUCUCCCUGAUAAAUCUUGAUGCUAUCUAUUAACUUUUGAAUGUGAAUAACAAGAUAAAGGAAAAUCAACAACGAACCAACAUUUUAAUAAAGAAGCAAACAGUGUUUCAAUGUUGCAUCAAAUAGAAGGUUCUUUGACUGCUGAAGCAUUGUACUAUGUGAUUGUGACUCCAGGCCUGUGACUGCUUAUGUGAAGAAGAUAAGCAAUCAGUAAGAAACAACAUAUGCAUCUGGACAUAAAUAAGUGCCCUACAUAGAAUUUGUCCAUCCUUAUAUUUUGUCAGACCUGUCAUCCAGCUGAAUCCAAUUCAUCACUCCCUUUUUUUAUAUGCUAAAAGUUUGAAUUUUGGGUAAUUUUUGUAUGACCAGGUACAGUUAAUCAAAAUUGAGUCUUAAAAAAAAAAAAAAAAAAAGAAAAACUGAAAAAAAAAAGAAAAAAAUUACAGUAUUCUCCAAAAUAACAUGGAUCUAUUUUUGUAAAACUGUUCAUACCGUUCUCCUCUGCCAUUGAAGACCUAAUUUAAUGUAAGGGUUGCCAGUAACUGAUAAUCACUUUAAUUUUCUUUACACCUUAAGUCAGAAAAGGAGCACUUUAAUUACCAGCUAAAAACCUGAUUGUUUUAUAUCAUAUCUCACACUAAUCUUAACUUUUAAAGAUUGCUGCUGUAUUGUUUUUUUGUUUUGACUGUGUCCUCCUGAACCUUAUUAACAGAAGCAAAUCAGUGUCUCGCUAUUAGUAACAUUCAGUUUGUGGUUUUGUAUGUUGGAUCCACAGAGGGGAAGUUUCUGUCUCUUUGUUUUAUUUUAGUUUAGGGGAUGUUUUUGUUUUGUUUGCCUUUUUAUUUUUUUGUUGUUUUAUUUUAUUUUGUGGGUUGGUUUUUGUUUUGGGUUUUUUUUUAAGUGACUGGCACUAAGUGAACUUGACACUAUCGGUUGCUGUCAUUGGCUUUGGGGACCUGGUAGAUACCAUCGAGUUACAAGAACAUACAAGGGCUUUCCUAGGCUAUUAGAGGUACCCAGAACCUCCUUACGUACUUGACGGAAACUUUUGAGCUUUCUCUGUUUUCUAACGAGUACUUGGCACUCCACUUUCCUUUGUAUAUAAGUUAAUAGAAUAUCAAAACCCUAACUUUUUAAUUUCCUUUUCAAGUGUUGGUGUCCUGUGCAGUCUGUAAGUUGACACCUUGAUCUAUUAUAUAAUACAAGGAGAUGGUCAGCACACUGAAGCUGAAGUGCAUCACUGUAGGCUCUUUGUGCAAUACAUCUUUAGGUUUUCACUGGGCUGAAGGAUUUCCCCAAAAAGGCACUGCCCUUUGGUCAAUACUGAGGUAUAUAUUUAGUAGGAAAGCAUUUACUUUCUUUUACAUUGUUUUAAUUUUAUCAAGGAGAGGGGACAUCACAGAAUAGAAGUGAGAUGUGCAGAAAUGUUGAUACUCUUUUAUUUUUAAGAAAUGGAUGGUUUGGACACUGAUCUCUUUUUAUUAUUAUUUUUUAAUUCUUUCCUUUUUUUUUUUUUAACCCCUGAGCUUUAAAAGCUUGAGAAAACAAAAGCAAACCUAUAAAAGACAGCAUUCACAUUUUCAGGAGUUUGAGGGUUGAUCAACUUACCCACUGCAGUUUUCUAUCUGUCCCUUAUUUCCUUACUUAGCCAAAACAAUGUGAGUGUACAGAAAUAUUUCUGUAUAUAUUACAACUUGUGACAAUUUUAGCAUCUGUAUAGUUUGUAUUCAAUUAGAGACCUUUUCUAUGGAAAGCUCAGUAAUUUUUUAUUAAAAACAUUACUAUUGUUCAUGUAAAACAUGAAAAAGCUAAUUGUUUAGUAACAAACUGACAGAAGGGGGGGGGGAAUCAGUAUUGGUAUAUCAUUUAGGAGAACCAACAAAAAUCCCAGUUUUGUUUUGAUUUUGCUUUUCCUUUUUUUUAGUAUAUUCUUGCCCUUUACAGUUACCUUCCUCUUUCCUCCUUUCUUCCCAGAAAACCAGACAGAAUACCUUUACUGUAAGUGCCUCUGCCAACCUGGCCAAGGAGUGCAAAUCUUCAUUACUGUCUGGUCUGCAGUGCAUUUAGGCUACCAAUGAAACAAGCAAAAAAGCCACCUCUUCUACUUCACCUUCUUCAGUACUACUUUAACAGAGGUUUGUUUAGUUUUGUUUUAGAAAUGUAAGCAUAAGCCUUUAAACUCAUUUCAGUCCCUCUGUAAUUGAAAGUUCUGCAGUUACGUGGCGUAUCAAAUUCUAAUCACACUGUAGGUUUGUGCUUGCCAGACAGGUUUUAAAAGUGCUUAUUUUUUCACUCCAUGUAAGUCAUUACAAUAGGGUCAACAAAAUCAGGUCAGCCAUUUCUUCCAUGUCCUUUAGAAACUGUUCAUUUCAUGUCGGUUGAGUAUUCAGUCUUGAGUAUCACCAAGCAGGUCCUUGUUCUAAAACUAUUUUUUAAACUGUCUUAUGAUCUGUAUGUGUCUAGUCCUGGUUAAAGAUAAAGCUUCAUAAUGCUAUUUUUAUUCAUGAUGUUAGCUGGCUGUGAAAUACGAGACCUUUAUCUAUAGCAGGCGAAGAAAUUCAGGAUUCAUUUACAGGUUGCCUAUAAAGUUGUGUAAUUUGAAAAGCAGUGUUCAUUAUGAAAGAGCUCUCAAGUUGCUUGUAAAGCUAAUCUAAUUAAAAAAAAAAAAAAAAAGAUGAUGUAUAAAGGUUCUUGAAAACUA